AUGGUCGGUUUGAACAAAAUCUCUACAGGAAACAGUUUGUCUCUGGACAGGAUGUUGCAAACAUUUGUUUCCGUGGUGAGACCGGAUGUUCAUCUCGUGCUGCAGAAGCCAUUGUCUCGUUGGCUGUGUGGAGAUCUGACACUUGAGACUGCGCCGGCUGUGGCCGAGACGCCCGAGAUCAAACUGUUUGGGAAGUGGAGCACGGAUGAUGUGCAGAUCAAUGACAUCUCCCUUCAGGACUACAUUGCCGUGAAGGAGAAGUAUGCCAAGUACCUCCCUCACUCCACUGUGGAGCAUCUGACCAUCUCCAUGAUGUUUAUGACUGUGUGCAUCGUCAAACACGCCUUCGAGAAUAUGACUUUACUGAAGCUCUUUCUUGCUUUGUAUUUGAUUUUGUUCUCCGGACACGUCCUUGCAAAUGCGCACAAAUGUUCUCAGGAGAAAGCCGUCACCUGUGACAGCAGCGGCAACACUUCUUUAGACACUCAUGCAUGGUAUGAGCGGUAUAAAGACGAGUGUCGGUGGACUAUUAAGGACAAGGAUGGCACAGUUAUCCGCGAAUUAACACCGUCUCCAAAUACAAAUGUCCAAUGCACCUUGCCUGAAAUUCACUUGAGCAUAAACUGCAUCAUUCCAAAGCGCAUUGACAAUUGCAUUUGCUACAAGUUACAAACCACUGAGGCACUUUACAGUUACGGAGCAGGUGAGUAUAACUUUUUUUUUACAUUCAUUUGUCACUCUGACGUAUCACACAGUAAAUUAUGGAAUAUCGACAAUCUGUUUUCCUUUAGAAAUCUGACCAAUGAUUUUUUCACUUAUAAUACCGAAUACCUCAUUGUGUAAUUGUCUUGCAUGGUUUUUAGCUCGCAAUCACGUUUGGUGGGAAGUGGUCGCUCUGUGUGUGUUGUGGUGGAUGUGUUGGUGCUGGUGCUGGAACUGAGUAAUAAACAACGAUCCCGGGUGAUGAUGGAAGUUUGGCUCCAGGCUUUAUUGGAUCUGCAGUUUUUGAGACUUUAAUACACAAUUUGGCCAGAAGUUUGUGGAAACCUGACAAUCACACUUUAUUUUAUAUAUAUUACAGACACAUUUUAUUUGGUGCUGAUUGCAGCUGAAGCCCUAAAGCCUGAUUUUGAACGCUUGUACGUUACUAAUGAAUAUUGUAACACCACCUAGCAUUCACAUCAUACCCAGAGGUGGCAAAAGUACACACAUCCUUUACUCAAGUAGAAGUACAGAUACUAAUUUUUUAAAAGACUCCAGUAAAAGUAGAAGUAGUGACUACACUCUUUUACUCAAGUUAAACUACUACCUGUUCAGGGUCAUGCUGCUAACUGGACAUCAUGUUUUAUUUAUAUAUAUAUGUGUUUGUGUAUGUAUAUGGAUAUUUGUGUUCAUCAGCCACAAGAGUGUUACGAAAGGCAGGCACUGAUGUAGGUGAGGUAGGGUGGAGUCAGCGUUCACAUUCAUCCCAAAGGUGUUCAGUAGGGAUGAGAUCAGAAAACCACAUAUAGCAGGAAAUGUCAGGUGACCCAAUACUAGGGAUGGGCGAUAUGGCCUAAAAUCCAUAUUGCGAUAUACAUUGCAGCCUCUUGCGAUAACGAUAUAUAUUGCGAUAUAUAAAUUAUAAUAGAACUAUUUCAGAACAGGUUACACAGACCCUUAGGAAAGCCUAACUGCUAAAUGUAUUUUUUUUUUAAGAAAUAAAGAAACAUGUCGUUUUGAGAACAUUUAUUGUGAAAAAGCAAAACUGUAAUUGUACAACAAAAUGUUGCAGAUAAAUAAGUCUUUCCUUCUAAAAGGCACUAUACUUAGUUCAAGUCCUUGGUUCUUAAAUGCCACCCAAGUUGCAGAGAACAUAAAAACUUGUGUCUUUUUAGUUAAGGAACAUACACUGUACUGAAAAUACUUCCAGUAUUAAUUAGGCAAAGAAAAUUAUUCUGUGUAAAUGCACAGAUACUUUAAAUAAAAGCAUAUUUCAAACCUGCAGCCGAGGUAACGCAUUUGCUUUUAAACAUUUUGUUCUCCUAAUGAAAUUAAAACUGGUGUCUUGUUAAUAAAAAAAUGGACACUGUGAAUUAGGGAUAUACUUCCAGUAUUAGGCAUGGCUAUUUUAAAUAAAGAAAAUUCUUCCAAGUGUAGUGCACAUACUUCAAAUGAAAACAAGUGCUAAAUGAAAGCACAAAAUAAAUAAGUAAAAUACUUUCAGUAUAAGGAACAUAUACGUCAACUAAAAGAGAAUUUUUAAAGUAUAAAAGUUUCUUUACAGUAGUGCCAUGCCAUAUAUACAGUAAAAAGUGCAAAUGUAGUUAUUUUCUUAAAGGACACAAAAUAUGCAAAGCACAGGAAAAACUGUCUGGUGUUAGCAUGUUAGCGCUAGCGUUAGCCUGUUAGCUCUUCCAAAUAUAAGGAGUACCUUUUGAAAAUGACUGUUAGAUUGAGGUUUGGAUCAGUUCCUGUAUUUUCUGUCAUGCGUUCUUCGUACUGGAUCUUGCGGUCGGCUGCAUUGCCGUUGGUAUUCAACGACAUGUUUAGUUUUGAGGUGGUAGAACAGAUUAGUCGUGUUACCGCUCUUAGCUGGAACUUUUGCCCCACACACUCUACAGAGUAUAUUUUUCUGCUGCUCGUCGGACGGCUUAAAUCCAAACCAAUAAUAGAUGUUGCACCGGUCUUUUUAACGAGCUCCUCUGUUUCGCUGACGCUUUCAGCCACGUUUAUUCAAGAUGACGAAUAUGAUGAUUCGUUGCAGCCGGCUGCAGCUCGUGGCUCUAAAUUUCGCGGGUAGAUUGCGUCAUCAACAUGCAUUAUCGCGAUAGUG